GGCCCGCCCACCCCACCUCGGUCUCUACUCUUCCUGCGCAGUUCUCCUUCGCAGCCUCAGCGAGGAAGUGCCGGGGCUGCUCUCGGGAGCAGUUCGCUGGGCAGCGAGGAGGCAGCCCCGGGCAGCGGCCGUACGCACCGUCCGAGCGGCCAGGACGCGGGAGUGCAGCGUUCUCCUGCCCCAGAGCGGGCCGUCGCGCCGUCAGAGCCGUCCUCAGGCCGGCAGUUGCCGCCACCCGACUUUCGAUCCAGUUGCGGCUCCUCCCGGGCAACAUGUCAAAAGCCGCGGCCGCUACAGCUGCUGCCGCCACCUGGGGAAGAGCAGCGGGAGCAGCAGCGGUGGCCCCGGGCGCACGGGUGCAAUAAACCCACCCACCGGGCGUCCGGAGGGCCAAGGAACCCUCUUCGCGCUCGCGGCUCCGGCGGGACCAGUGCCAUGUGCUGAGCCAUGCCCCUCGCCGCGCCCGCGGGCAGCGCAUGGGGCAGCGCCUGAGCGGCAGCCGAUCCUGCCUCCAUGUCCCCAGCUGGCUUCUGCCCCAGCCGCAGGCGCCCCCGCCGCCGGUGAGGAGGAAGCUCGCGCUGCUCUUCGCCAUGCUUUGCAUCUGGCUCUACAUGUUCUUGUACUCGUGCGCCGGCUCGUGCGCCGCCGCGCCGGGGCUGCUGCUGCUGGGCUCGGGGUCCCGCGCCGUCCACGACCCGCCAGCCCUGGCCACGGGUCCCGACCGGCCUUUCCCGAGGCUGCUGUUCCAAACAGUACCAGCCACCCCGUUGGCUGCGGCCCAGGAGAAGGCCGAGGGCGCCACGAGCCAAGAGGAGCAGAGUCCCGAGGCGCCGGACUCCCCCAGCCCCAUCUCCAGCUUCUUUAGCGGGUCCGGCAGCAAGCAGCUGCCGCAGGCCAUCAUCAUCGGCGUGAAGAAGGGCGGCACGCGGGCGCUGCUCGAGUUCCUGCGCGUGCACCCCGACGUGCGCGCCGUGGGCGCCGAGCCCCACUUCUUCGACCGCAGCUACGACAAGGGCCUCGCCUGGUACCGGGACCUGAUGCCCAGAACCCUGGACGGGCAGAUCACCAUGGAGAAGACGCCCAGUUACUUCGUCACCCGGGAGGCCCCCGCGCGCAUCUCGGCCAUGUCCAAGGACACCAAGCUCAUCGUGGUGGUGCGCGACCCGGUGACCAGGGCCAUCUCGGACUACACGCAGACGCUCUCCAAGCGGCCCGACAUCCCCACCUUCGAGAGCCUGACGUUCAAAAACCGGAGCACGGGCCUCAUCGACACGUCGUGGAGCGCCAUCCAGAUCGGCAUCUACGCCAAGCACCUGGAGCACUGGCUGCGCCACUUCCCGCGCGGCCAGAUGCUCUUCGUGAGCGGCGAGCGGCUCAUCAGCGACCCGGCCGGCGAGCUGGGCCGCGUGCAGGACUUCCUGGGCCUCAAGAGGAUCAUCACCGACAAGCACUUCUACUUCAACAAGACCAAGGGCUUCCCCUGCCUGAAGAAGGCCGAGGGCAGCAGCAAGCCCCACUGCCUGGGCAAGACCAAGGGCAGGCCCCACCCCGACAUCGACCCCGAGGUGGUGCGGCGGCUGCGCGAGUUCUACCGGCCCUUCAACCGCAAGUUCUACCAGAUGACCGGGCACGACUUCGGCUGGGAUUGAAGGCCCCCGGCCCGCGUCGCUUACCACUUGGCUUAUAUAUUGAGAGAGAUUAUAUGUAUGUAAAAUGUACAGAAAUAUAUUUUAUAAUAAUU